CUCGCCCAGAAAAUCUGGACAACUCGCCCCAAAUAUAUUGGACAAAUCGCCCCAAUCUAAAGACAACUCGCCCCAAAUGUGUUUCUUAUAUAUUUUAUUGAUUAUUGUAAUGGAAAUGUAGAUGUAUGAUGUUAUUUUUCAUUCAAUAUAGUAAAACUGUGUAAUUAAGUAUUUGUUUACAUACCGGAUUACUUUUAGUAAUAAAUUGUUAUUAGCUUGAAUAAAGAAAUAUCAUAUUUUUUAUUAAGUACACGGGCUUGACAUAUCGAUAAAAUAUUAGUAUUUUAUUGUAAAACAAUCGAAAUUUGACCUGAAAUUUGAUGCAAAUUUAUUUAGCGGCCAGUAUUCUGCUCUCGGCCGCUGAUGGUGUAUUGAAGUAUAUACAAUUAUGAUAAGAAGCAGUAGCAGACAACAGGCAUUGAACGCGAAUAACAGCAACAACUAAUACCUAAUAAUGUUUUCUGAGCGCGGGUCGCAGCCAUGAUAAGUUACUUUGUCAAGAAAAAGACGUCGAUUAAAUAAUAAUGAAAUUAUAAAUUUGCCCAUAAUAAUUGUAUAACAUUAUUCAUCUAGCGCAAAGUGCAUUAAACGCUCGGCCGCUGUUUGGUAUUUUUAUACUUAUUUUAUGCUUUCCGGUGGUUUAUAGAGAAAUAUCAGUGAAAUAAAACUGGUAUUUCACUGUUUAAAACAGUGAAAAAUAACAGUGAAAAAUAACGAUAUUUUUCGAUGUUUUACUGUGAAAUGACGUCAUUUUUUUCGACGAAAUGACGUCAUAAUUCCAGCGAAAUUAUCCAGUUAAACUCUUUUACAAUGUAAAUCUACGGUGAAAAAGCAUAAAAUAAAAAGAAAAUUUGUUGGAUUCGAUGGAAUAUCGAUUUUAAUUCACUCGUGAUCAUAAAAAAUACAUAUUUUAUAUGAUCACUCGUGAAAUAAAAUCGAUAUUCCAUCGAAUCCAACAAAUAUCCUCUAUUUAGUAACACCUUAAUACCAUCAUUUUUAAACUGAGAACUAUUUUUUUUGUUAAGUGUACGUGCUUUAUUUAAUGUACUGAUAUCUUAAUCAACUUAUGAUUUUACCGGUAUUAUUUGGUAUUGUACGCGUAUAUAAAAGGUACUAUGCUUAUUAAAUCAUAUAAAUACUGAUACUAAUUUUAGUCAUCAUAUAAUCAGAUUGCGCACUGCGUGUAAUCAGAUUAUCACCUUAAAUCGGAGGCGAUUUAAUUAACACCCCGCUGAUAAGAUAACAGGAUUAACACCUUCAAUCAGUUGUGAUGUAAUUAAAACUCCGCUGAUACUUUAACUGUGCAUUCCGUUGAUAUUUUUAUCAUGAAAUAAAUUAAACAAGUUAAAUGUCCCGUAUUAUAUAUUUCUUUAAUGGUUAUUAUACAUGGUUUUCUGUUGUUUUUUAUCAUUGUUCACAUUAGUUAUUUAGUUAUUAUAAUCAUGAUCUUGAAUUCUUUGCAUAUGCUUACGUCUGAAUAAACUAUAAACACGAAUAUGAAUUGAUGUUAUUAAAUCAUAGGUAUAUCGAUCCCUGGCCGGAUAUAAAGCAGCAACAAGAGGCGAAAGAGAAAUUCACUUUCUAUGUGCAGAAUGUUGCAGAAGCAUUCUCACUAUUCAUAGUGAGCCAGAGCCAGAGGACAAAAGGGUAUCACAUGUUGACCCCGAUGCAACACAGAUAGAAGCACCUGACGAGACAUUUCAGAAUGGGGAAGUUUAUUCACCUAUGGCCGCCCCGGUUGCAGAAUCCACAGUAAUUAAUCACGAGCAUGGCCAGACAUUUACGACGAACCCUCGCAAUCUUAACGAGACAUUCGUCGUAGAUAACGAUAACGCAGACAGACAAACUUACAUGCCCACCGAAGAUUCGUCGUUAAACAUAGGGGAUAUAUCUUUUGUCACUCCGGAAAUAGAAGAGUUAGUUUGCAUUUCAUGUUACACUCAAUGUUUUUUGUAGUAUGAUUUCACAUGUGGAUCGAUGUUUACCUUAAAUCAUACUAAAAAUACAAAAUGUAGGUCAUUCGACGAACACACUGUUCAUCCCGAACACGUGGGUGUUCUAGAGUCCGAAGUAACCUUCAGUGUUAUGGAAUGUUCUUCCCAGCGUGGUAAAAGAAAACUUGUUUCCAGCAACGGAUUUACUUAUGUGUACAAGCGGUUAAACCCUAGCAAACAGACGACACUUUGGCGUUGCAGCGUGCACAACAAGACAUCGACAUGUCCCGCAAUAGUGGUGCAAAGCGGACAGUCUUUCGUGUCGAACGAAAGUAAUCACUCCCACCAGGCUAAACCGGACAUAGACAAGGCUCUCGUCAUCACCACCCCGGGCAUAGACAAGGCUCUCGUCAUCACCACCCCGGGCAUAGACAAGGCUCUCGUCAUCACCACCCCGGGCAUAGACAAGGCUCUCGUCAUCACCACCCCGGGCAAAGACAAGGCUCUCGUCAUCACCACCCCGGGCAUAGACAAGGCUCUCGUCAUCACCACCCCGGGCAUAGACAAGGCUCUCGUCAUCACCACCCCGGGCAUAGACAAGGCUCUCGUCAUCACCACCCCGGGCAUAGACAAGGCUCUCGUCAUCACCACCCCGGGCAAAGACAAGGCUCUCGUCAUCACCACCCCGGGCAAAGACAAGGCUCUCGUCAUCACCACCCCGGGCAAAGACAAGGCUCUCGUCAUCACCACCCCGGGCCUAGACAAGGCUCUCGUCAUCACCACCCCGGGCAUAGACAAGGCUCUCGUCAUCACCACCCCGGGCCUAGACAAGGCUCUCGUCAUCACCAUCAAGGUUAACGCCGAGUGUGAGCAAAACAUAUUUGAAUCCGCUGGAUCUAUCGUGGAAAAGAAUUUGCGUGAUGAGGCCGAUGACCGCCUUCCAGAAGCGUCUAGGACGGAUUAUGAAAACCUCCUAAGGAAUUGUAACAGACGACGCCAACGCCAACGCCCCAAAGAUCCAACCGACAUGGACUUUGAGCUCGAUAUGGCGUACAUCAACGAGAAGCUCUCUUCGUCUUUCUUCCGGGCCGAGGUCCGCAACGGCGAAAGACGACAUCUUAUUUUCGCCACUGACCAGCAACUGCAACUGUUAAAAAAAGCAAAGACAUGGUACAUUGAUGGGACGUUUAAGGUCGUCAGACAACCGUUUUAUCAGUUGCUUUCCAUUCAUUCGUUUGUAAGGUGCGGUGACGACAUGAAGCAGCUUCCGUUGCUUUUUGCGGUGAUGGCCGGAAAAAAAAUGUUAAGACUACACACAGGUUUUCAAAGCCGUCUUGGACAUCCUCCAUAACAAAACCAGAGUGAAGGAAUUCAUGGUUGAUUUUGAAGCCGGGAUGUGUCAGGGCCUCCGGGAAGUUAUCGUCAAUCCAGUAAUAAAAGGAUGUGCCUUUCACUGGAACCAGGCCGUAUGGCGUCACGUGCAAAGCUUAGGUCUCCAGAGCGCCUACACUCAACGCGACACGGUAUUCACCUUUAUCCGAAAGGUCAUGUCCAUACCGUUCCUGCCAGCGGAACAUGUGGAGCCAGCGAUUAUGAGUAGUCAACCACUCCGUAAUACGACAAACGCAUCCAACGACAUACCCAUCAGACGUGAAAAGCGUCACCUAUCCAGGAAGAAUCCUGGACAGCCAUGGGGAACGGGUGCAGAUGUCAGAAUCCGUACCGGUAAAGCACGAGCAGCCUUCGUUCAGCUGAAAAACAUAUGAGGAUCCUGCGGGAUAGGCUUCAACUCCAAGAGCAGGCUCUUCAAUAAUAUUGUGAAGACAGUACUACUUUUUGGAGCAGAGAUCUGGCGAACCACUGUCACAUGUAUGAAGGAAAUCAAUGUUUUCAUAAACACCUGCCUCCUUUACAAGCACAAAGCAGAAGCCCAUUGAAGAGGACAUCCUUCAGAGACAUUGUGAGGAAUAUGCCAGCCCACACCCUUUGCAAGCCUAUAACUCAACACGACCAGGCAAGCUCACUUGGAACUGCCAAGGAAAGAGGAAUAGAGGGCGGCCUAGAAACACCUUCCGCCGAGACCUGGACCCAAAUACCAGGCAUAUUGGCAAGACAUGGGGACAGCUGUAGAGACUCGCACAGUACCGAGGCGCCCGGAGAAAGCUAGUCGGUCGUCUUUGUUCCAGACGGGACCACAGGCGGAGAAUCUGGCCGUAUGAGACCACGAUGCAAUUGAAGCUCUACAGCAGUCUGGAGGGCAUUCAGGGCACAGCGUCCUUUGCGCAGAAAGCCGGCGUGUGCAUCCGAGUGAUCGACAAGAAGACAUGCCAAUAUAGGCCAUGACUUACAAAUAAGAUCCAACAAAACUCAAUGUUAACAAAAUUAAAUAGCCGUGAAAAGUCAUGUGGCAAAAAGGAAACCAAAAGAACUGAAUUGUUAAGAGUAUUUAAAUGUUAAGGAAAAAAUUGAUUUCAGUCA